UCUGAUACAUGGCCACAUGGGCAAGGAACGGAAUGUUACGUCAAAGGAGAUUGCUACGACGGAGAAUGGAGGAGAGCUCUAGAAGAUGGACACGGUAGGUGUCAAUAGAAGAAACAAGAAUCAUUACAUCGGACAAUGGAAGAAUGGGUUGCUGAAUGGUAACGGGACCAUGACUUGGAGCAACGGGAACCAUUACAAUGGGUCUUGGCAAGACGGAGCUCCUAAAGGCAAUGGAACUUUCCGAUGGUCGGAUGGGAGUUUCUACGUCGGUGUUUGGAGCAAAGAUCCUAAAGAGCAGAACGAGACUUAUUACCCUUCCACAUCUUCAAGGAAUUUUGAUUGGCAACCACAACAAGUGUUCUAUGUUGAUUUGAGUUCAUUUGUGGUUUUUACAUGUCAGAACGCAGUUUUGCCGUCUCAGAAAGAUGCUUCUUUCGUACGGUUCUUUGGAGCAAAGUAGUAAUGUGAAUAUGACCAAGAAUAGUAAGAGGCCGAGGAGGAGAUUCGUUGAU